AUGUCUGAAGAAAAAAUCGAAAAAAUCGAAACAACGCUUGAGGAACUUGAUGUUGACUUCUUUGAAUUUAUACAACUAAAAAAAAGAAUAAAACUUUCUAAAGACAUUUUUGAUGAGAAUUCUAUUCCUCCUUAUUCCUCAUUAUUAACGGUUUCUAGCUUAUAUGGUUUUUUCUUGGCGGGAACAUCCAAAGGUUUUAUUUACGCGCUUACAAAAGAUUUACGCAACGCCUUUUACUCUUCUGACACAGAAUCGGAUAAGCCAUUUGCGCAAGGGAUUCACGUUAAUAUAACUGAAGGACGCGUUCAUUUAUUAAAGUUGACCUCCGAUCAACUCACUAUAAUUGUGGGCGUUGAAGGUGGUCAAAUAUUAUGUUAUGAUGUUACCAUAUUUUCAUCUGAGUCUUCAAAAAUUCAGCCAUAUCAAACCAUGAAAUUUUCGGACAAUGUCGUGGAUAUUCGUCCUAAUCCUGGAGAAAAUAAUAAAAUCAUUGCAUUUUUGCUUGAAUCUGGUACCGUUUCUAUUAAAGAUCUUAUAUCUGACGUAGAAAUUGGUUCCGUGAAAAAUUCUAAACUUGGCGAGCAAGUGACAGCUAUAUGUUGGUCACCAAAAGGAAGGCAAUUGGCUUGCGGUAGUCAGUCUGGAAGGCUUGUACAAUUUACUCCUGAUGGAAUUGUUAAAUCAACAUAUCAAGCACCACCAGGAAUUCAAGAAUCUACUUAUUAUGUCAGAAAUGUUCUUUGGUUAGAAAAUAGCAUAUUUAUAGUAACUUAUUUUCCGAUCGUUCAGGAUGAAGAUUCUGAACACAUAGUUUAUUUGAUAUCAAAUGAGAAUAAAUCAAAGACUGUUUAUAAUCAAAUUCCAAAUAUUUGUUUUUCAAGUCCUCGUAACAAAGCUUCAUAUAUGUUUAUGGAAUCUAUUAAAGAUUGGGGUUCGGAUUUGACAAACAUGGUCAUUUGUGCUUGUACAAAUUCUUCUGAUACAAAUUUAAUUGCUCGUAGCGAUUCAGGCACAUGGUCUAAUUGGAGUCUUUCAGAAACAUCACGUGCGAUUCUUCCACUUUCAUCACAUCAUGUUGAUGAAACAUUACCAAUCGGAAUGGCGCUUGAUCAAACUUCUACAGAACCUUGGGUUACAAAAUUAACAGGAGAUGAAGAUAGUCAAAUACCACCAGUCCCUAUACUUUUUAUUUUUAAUGAUGAAAGUGAAAUUGUAGCAUUUCGUUGUUUACAAAAAAAUGCAUAUUUGGCUGGAAAACCUUAUCCCGGAAUGACAACCGCAAUACCCAUUCCUUCUAUUGGACCUUCAAGUGGAAAAAUAUCACCUAAAUCGAGCUAUGAACCUGCUAUCUUUGAAAGCAAACCUGGUCCGUCUUUUGUGAGCAAUAAAAUAUCUGUUCCUGUUAAUACACCUACUACUGCAAUUAUAUCGAGAGAUAAAAUUUCACUCGGUCCUACAAAUAAUUUGCAAGCAGCAAAGAAUAAUGCAACAAAUACAAUUGUCAAAGAUAACGCCCAAAAUGCGACAUCGAUCAAGCAAUUAAGUCCUACCAGACCUGAUAUUAACAAACCACAUUAUAUAAGACUGGAUGCAACAAAGAAAAGUGUACAUGAAAUUCAAUAUUUAAUAAAAGAUAUUGAGGAAAAUUACAUAAUUAAAUAUUACGAACAGACAAAUGCAGACUGUCUUGACAAUCCUAACGAUUGGUCGAUUGGAGAUUUGCCAGUAAUUAUAUCAGAGACGAAACGUUUGGAAAAGGAAACUAAAAAUAUCAUCGAUUCACUUAGUUUUUUGAAACAAGAGGCUACCAGUUUAAAACUUAAUUUUGUUAAAGAGGAUGCCAUGACAAAGCAGGAGAUUGGGUUGUUAGUAUCGCCGCAAAAAGUUACGCCCACUCAUCGUGGAACAAUACAAUCAAGAAUUACUGAGAAAUAUGAAAAAGCUUUCCAGGACGUUAAAGAUAACGCGGAUAAAUUAGAGAAACAGUUGGAUGAGUUACAUGAGCAAAUUAAAGAUCAUAAGGCAAAUAAACAUACGGGAUCAACUCCUUUGGAUUAUAUUGAUCGUUCAGUACAAAAUAUUAGUAAAGGCUUAUAUAGUAACGCGUCUCAAAUCGAACAAGUAAAUACUCAAUUGAAUUUUAUUUCCGAACAACUUGCAUCUAUAAGCUUUAAUGAAGAUGCUGACACGUUCGUAUCUCGGAAAAUCGAACAUGAUACUAGGAAAAACACAAUACCUGUAAAAUGCUCUGAUGAAAAUGAGGAAAAAACUAGUAAAUUAAUGGAGAAAGAAUGGAAAUUAUCUAAAUUUCUAAUAGUAAACGAUAAGAGACAAGUGCCCUACGGGACAAACCUUUAUAGUGAUCUUGAACCUAGUGAACCAAUGCCUAAGGUUAUCUCACCAAGAAAGAGUCAAAGUCCAUUUAAGACUCGUGAUUCAAUACAGAUAAGCUCAGAGAACCCUAAUGAACCACAUAAACCGAUCGAUAGAAACACCAUGAGAUAUGGUAGUUCACUUAGAAAUAAUCACACUUUCGGUGAAGAAAGUGAUUAUUAUAAUGAAUUAGACACUCCGAUAAAACGGAAUACAUAUUCCGAGUUUAAUCUUCCUAUAAAUGAAGAUACUAAUCCAAAAAAUAAACCACCAAUUUCAGAAAUUAGAGAAAGGAGAUUACGUUAUUUUGAAAAAGAAAAGGAUGAUAUUAUAGAAAAUGAGUAUUCGGAUAACACUUCUGAAUCUGAAGAUGAUGAAAAUUAUCAGGAAGAUGAUAAAUCCAAUUUGUAUUUAAGUGAUUUAGAUUCCGAACCUUCGUAUUCUCCAACACAAACAUCUUUAAGAGAAACGAGAGUGAGAUUUCAAGAGACAUAUGAAACAAGGAUCUAUGAUGUCGCUGAUGAAAACACUGGAGAUUCCAUGCAGAAUAAGUUUGACAAGAUUAUUGGUUCGGAUGUUUCAAGAUUAUCAAAAAUCUCCAACAUACCAGGUUAUAUAUCAUCACCGGAGACAUUUGAACAAAAAGAAAUAACAUCAAGCGAUAAGGACGAUUUAGAUGAUUUUGAAUCUGAAAUUGAUACUUUAUCAAAACCUGAAUUUCUUCAAUAUUAUGAUGGCGAGGAAUCAAAUUACGAUGAAGCAAUUGAAAAACUAGCUGAACUUGAAAAGAAGGAAGAAUUCAUAGAACCAUAUAAAGGAGAUAAUACAUCAUUGGAAGAGAUAUCUCAGGUAGCUGCAGAGCCCGGUGUUGAAUCCAAACCCGAAGAAGUCUUGCAGCAGAAACCUACCAACGAGGAAAUUGACAUUAUAAAUGAAAGUAACAAUUUUGCUGCAGGUUUCGGAUCAUUUGGUUUGGGAGAACCUUCGAGCCUACCUAGUUCAACUAGUUCACUAGGAAUGUUUGGGUUGAGUACAUCUAAUGCACAGCAAAAGGACAUUACGUUUGGUCAACCAACACAAGGCUCAACACCUUUUAGCUCAACAUCACCUUCCUCUUUACACUUUGGAACAGCAACACCUAUUCCUUCGGUAUAUAGGGGAGAGAUACCAAAUGCAUUUAAUAUCGGUAGCAUUCCACCAGCACUUGCUGCAGCAAAUUCAAAUGUUGUUAAUGCAUUUAGUCAACCACAACAACCGCAACCAUUUGGUCAAUCGCCUCUAAUACCUAAUGCUUUGGCUCCCCCUACAUUUGGACAACCAGGAUUCAAUUCGCCUGCUUUUGGACAAACAGGAUUUCAAUCGUCUGCUUUUGGGCAACCUGCCUUUGGGAUGCCAGGAUUAGGAACACCAUCUUCUUUUACGAAAACGCCUGCACUUAAAGCUCCAGAUGGUGCUGGUUUCGCUCGGUUCGCAAGUAAUACUACUGGUUUCGGAGGAAACGGUGGAAGUGCAUCGGUUACCUCAACACCUGGUUUUGGUUUCACAAGUACUCCUGUUGGCGGAUUUAGAAGUACAUCGAAUACAUCAGCACCUUCUAUUAAACCAUCUAGCAGCACAUCAAGUUCAAUAUGGAAUCAAUUUCGUUAA